UAUUUUCUGUGUUUUGUUGUUGUUUUCUGUAUACCGGAGAAAUAGAUACAUAUACAAACAAACACCUGUCUUCACCUAUAUAUAUUAUAUGCAUCUUGUGUGAAAUUUUGUUGACAGUCAGAAUAAAACUAUAAGUGACGUCAUUACAUAUAUAAAAAAUGAUCGGCAGUGAUUAUGUUCUGGAAGCGCAUAACAUUUUCCACACCACAGAGGUGGAUGGUGGAGGGUGUUUUAAUGGAGGUGGUAGCACUGCAAUGGUACUUAAAGGUGUCAAUUUGACCGUUCACAGUGGGGAAGUAAUGGCAAUUCUCGGUUCAAAAGGUAGUGGAAAAAGAGCACUUUUAGAUGUUAUCUCUCGCAGAGCUGAAGGAUCUACACGUGGUCAAGUGUUGCUUAAUGGAACACCUCUUUCUAAAGGACUUUUUCAACAGAGAUGUGGUUAUGUUACACAGUCUUGUACCUUUAUACCGGGACUUACAAUUGCUCAAACUUUACAUUACACAGCAACAAUUCUUUCGGGAUAUUUAAAAAGUUCAAAAGUACGUCAGGUAUUAGCCGAUCUUGCUCUAUCACAAGUUGCUCAUAAACGUGUUGAAUAUCUCAAUAUAAGUGAAAAGAGACGUUUAGCAAUUGGAAUUCAACUUGUUCGAGAUCCAGUUAUGUUACUUUUGGAUGAACCUACGCAAGGUCUUGAUCCCUUAAGUGCUUAUUUACUCAUAUCAAUCUUAUCAAAUACCGCCAAAAAGACUGGUUGUGGAAUAUUGCUUUCUUUGGAAAAACCUCGAUCGGAUGUGUUUCCAUUUUUAGAUCGUGCUUUAUUUCUUUGUCUUGGUGGAGUUGUUUAUUCUGGAAGUACUCGUGCAAUGUUAGAAUACUUUCAUGGAAUUGGUUUUCCUUGUCCACAACUUGAAAAUCCACUAAUGUAUUAUUUGUGUUUAUCAACUGUUGAUCGAAGAAGUCGUGAUCGAUUCCUUGAAUCAAGUCAGCAGAUUGAGGCAUUGGUUGAACGAUUUUCUAGAGAAACACCCAUUUCGGAUGCACCAUUGAAUUCGAUGGGUAGUGGAAAGGUACCAUUAGCUUAUGGCAAGCCUGGUGAAUUGAAAGUUUGGUUGAUGUUGUAUUUAAAACUUAUGGCUUCAACUUUUUCAUGUGGUGUUGCAGGAAUGCGUUCACUAUUUUUAAGGUUGUUUUUAUUACCAAUUGCAAUGUCAACAUUAUGGCUGUUUUAUUGGAAUAUUGGGGACGACUCCUAUGGAUUUUUCAGUAAAAAUGGUAUGAUACUCAACGUCAUCGGUCUUUCAUAUGGUAGUGGAAUUUUAUCAACAGUUAGUUUGUAUCCCAUAUGGAGAAAGCGAUUUUCUCAGGAUAACCCAGAAGGACUUUAUACGGGAGCAACCUUAUUAAUUGCCUACAAUUCAAUUUCAAUUCCAUUUUCAAUAGUUUCAUCCGCGAUUGCAAGUUGUGUUCUUUAUCCAUUAUUUUUAGAUCCAAAUACUCCCAAUGGUACAAUAUUUGCAUACCUCUUGGUUGCCCUUUGGUCUAGUUACGUUAUGGCGGAACAACUUUCUAUUGCAUUUUUGUUGGUUGUCAAAGUUCCAUUCAAUGCAGCUAUCGCAGUCACAUAUCUUCUUUGUAUAAGUUUGGCAUUAGCAAGUGGAACAGUUCGAUCCUAUAAAGGUCUUCAACCAUGGCUGCAGGAUAAUACUAAAGGAACUCAUACUAGAUACGUAUCUUCCUUGUUGCAUAGUGUUGCCUUUCAAUCUCACAAACUGAACUGUACACCUACCGCUUCGGUGAUUUGUCCGAAGGCAGCUGACUUUUUACAUGAACGUUUAGGACAAGCUGAUCCAGACGAGACCAUCGAUGUUGCAGCAUCUUGCGCUUUUGCCGUGGGUUUGGCAGCUUUCAACAUGCUUUUGUAUCUCUUCCCGAUGCCUCGUUGUGUUCGACAAAAAUUUAAAGACUGAACUUUAAAACUAUCUCUUUUUUUAUAAUCUAAAAUAAAUAUUUAUAAGC